AACGCAAGUUAACGAAGAUAUAAAUCGCGACUUGAUACAUUAAUUUUAUAUCAGAAAUCUCAAUUUUAAUUGAAAAUCUUAAUUCGGUGAAAAUGGUGAGAUUGCACGUGAAGAAAGGUGAUGACAGCCAAUUUUUAUAUGACACUCACCUAGAGGCGCACGUGGACGAUGUUGUACGUGACAUCACAGUGAUUUACAACGGUCGUUUGAAGAUUUCAAGAAUUUGUUAUGAGAUCGAGGAGCUGGCUAAGCAUGGCGUGAUGUUACCACCUGACAUAAUGGGCCUCACAAAUGAGCAGGUCGAGGAGCUCAAACUCAAGGACGAAUGGGCUGACAAGUGCGUGCCCAUGGGCGGUUGGACUUUUAACAGAGACAAUAUCGGCCGUAGAAAUGGUAGACAGCCGAACGAGAAAAUGCAGGAGGUAUUGAAAAAAACUAUCGAGGACGCCCGUGCCAUGACGUCGAAGAAAUUAGUACAACAAGAGAAAUUAGUUACCCAAAAGAUUGUCCAAGAAGCCUUGGAUUUAUUAAGAGGCGCCGUGACUAUCGUCUAUCCAAUGGGACUUCCGCCACAUGACGUGAUACGUAAAGAGUUUGAAAAUACCGAAGAUCUUACUGGUACUCAAGCAUCUCUCGAGAUAAUCGAUGUGCAAUUGGCUCAACUAUGGUUUUCCGGGAAAGAGUUAUUAUCCGGAAAAAAGAUGAAGGACUUUCUGGGUAAUAACGAGAAGACCAAAGUGAUUGUAAAACUGCAGAAGAGAGGAUCUGGAAAACCGGCGAGAGAGCCAUUGAUGUCGGAAGAUGAACGGAAACAAUUGAUGUUGCACGCGUAUCGUCGUCAAGAGCAACUGAAGGUAAGCGUUUCUUCAUAUACAUCGACGAUGAACAUCUCUCGUGAUUCAUCCAAAGUAGUAUAUAUUUUUUUAAUUAUUAUACUGUAAAUAAAAUCUAUAAUGUAAGAACAUAUAUUGACGCGUCUGGAUUUCAAAGAAGUUGGAUGAAUUAUCGGGUAACGUCGACAUUAACAACAAAUGGUUUUAGUCGAGUUUAACGCGUUCUGUUUUAUCCUCAUUCAAAAAUCAAUAAAGACGAGUAUAAGUUAGAAGUAAAAAUAAUUACCGGGAUUUUAUAAAUUAUACGUCAAUCAAAGAAAACAAUUGAUGUUGUAACCUGCAUUGCAUCUCAAGAAAUAAGAAAAAGUAAAAAAGAUUGCCACUCUUCGAGGUGAGACUUCAGUGAGUGAGAAAUGCGCCUCUAAACC